UCCCUCACCCUCUCACCCCCUCCUCGGCCUCACGAUGAUCUGUUUGGUUUUGGCCAUUUUAGCUCAUGCAUUCCAGACAGCAUUGACGGGGAUCCACGAGCGCACCUUCAUCGCCAUCAAACCCGAUGGAGUCCAGCGUCGCCUGGUUGGAGAAAUCAUCCGGAGGUUUGAGCAGAAAGGAUUUAAACUUAUCGGAAUGAAGUUAAUGCAGGCAUCAGAAGACCUGCUCAGAGAUCACUACUUUGACCUUAAGGAUCGUCCAUUCUACAACAGACUGGUGAAGGAUAUGGCCUCUUCCCCCCUGGUUGCUAUGGUGUGGCAAGGACUGAAUGUUGUUAAGACGGCCCGGAAUAUGCUGGGAGAGACCGACCCUGCCCACUCCGCUCCAGGCACCAUCCGAGGGGAUUUCUGUAUUGAAGUCAGCAGGAAUGUAAUCCAUGGCAGUGAUUCCGUGGAGAGCGCUAUCCGUGAGGUCUCGCUGUGGUUCCAUUCGGAUGAGCUGGUCUGCUGGGACGACUGCGCUGAAACCUGGCUAUAUGAGUGAAGGGAACCCACUCAUCAUCACUGAAGUGCUGUCCAGCCCCAUACUGUAGGGGCAGCGGGGGAGGGGUGGUGGGAGGGUGGGUUUGCAGGUGAAACAAUAACGUCAGCUAUGGUGAGCUCAGGAAUCUGUUUUAUCUGCUUUAAACCUUGAAAAGGUGUAACAUUGAUACGUAGAGACGCUCAGGUUGUUAUAUGAGCACAACAUAAUCAUUUCAGGUUAACUGAGCAUUUCACACAUUGUGUCUGUGUCACUGUCAGAAAAGAAACAUUUCCUAACCUCAGUUAAGCUUGAGGUUCUGCGUAUAGAAUGUAAUGCCAAAACUUCCUGUUGCUCCUUUGAGUUAGCAUUGUAUAGCUUGCAAGAUGCAUGGGUAGGAAUUUUAUAUACGGUACUUAUCACUGACUUAACUACUACAUAAACUGAAGCUAACAUUUUGUAAUAGGUAAAUUUACUUGGAUUCCUUUCAUUACCAUCAUGUUAAUGCAGUUAACAUACAAUCUGUACUUUAUUUCUGCUACCUUUGUAUUUGUUGUGAUCUUACUAUCAUUGUGACUGACAGAACAGGGACAAUUCACAGCAAACCGGGGAAAUGUGGGGAGCAAUAAACAUGAGUCUGUAUAAGACAGGUCAGUACUUGAAUUAAAAUGUUUAUGAAUAGCA